UUGAUUGCUGACACACCAGUACUCCCACACAAACAUAAAUACUACCAGAGACGUUCUCUCUCAUCCAUUCAUGGCUCCACAUCUCCUCCUUGUCCUGCGCAUCCUGUUCUUCCUCACUGGAGUCUCAGAUACACAGAGUGUGUCCACAGUGAGUCAUGUGUCUGUAAAGCAAGGAGGCUCCAUCACCAUCCCAUGUCUCUAUAAUCAGAGAUAUAGAAACAAUGUGAAAUACGGGUGUAGGGGAUAUAAUUGGUUUGGUUGCUCUACUGUAGUACGCACUGACCAUCCUAAGACCAGUGGAAAGACCUCAGUCUCUGAUGACAUCAACCAGCGAGUCUUCACUGUGACCAUGACAAGUCUUAGUCUUAGUGAUUCUGAUUAUUACUGGUGUAUUGUGGAGAGGAAGAGCAAGGCAGAUGAUGGGGAUAGACUGCAGAUAUCUGUUACUCCAGGUACUCCAGAACUCUAUGUGGACCAACAACAAAUUACUGGAGUUGUAGGAGGGAGUGUCACUGUGCUCUGUUACUAUAGUUCACAAGGAAGCAGUGGGAGGUGGUGCAGGAUGGGAGGCUCUUGUGUGGCUGUGGGAUAUUAUGGGGCAUUAGAUGGAACAUUUGUGAAGUUAGUGCAGGAACAGAGAGAAACCACCAACGGUUAUGUCUUAAUGGUGAAUAUGAGUGGAUUGAUGAUGAAGAACACUGGCUGGUACUGGUGCGAAAAGGGAAAACUACAGAUGCCUGUUCGUAUCACUGUCAAUCAACCAACCACAACACAGAGUACCACCGCAAACCAGAACAAUGGGGGAACUGACGAGACGCAACAAGAGAAGGACCAGAGAUUGGAACGCAUGUUCUUCUACCUGUUGAAAGCUGGAAGUGUACUGCCCUUCCUCCUGUGCACCAUCAUUGCUGUGGUGAAGUUCAGGGAAAACAGACAUCAAGAUGAUACCAAGGAUGCAUUGACACCAGAGAGUUGUUUCUGGAGAAAUUUACCAACAGUUUGCACCAAAUACUUUUUCCCCGAAAGAAACAACAACACACUGAGUGUACAAAACAUUAUGAAGGAAUCACUACAGUAAAUAUAAUAUGUUUCUAAACACUUCUACAUGAAUGUGCAUGCAACCAUGACCACGGAUAAUCCUGAAUGAAUAGUGAAUAAUGAUGGGAGAAAGUUACAGAGGCACAAAUACACCCAAGACAAACACAAUAACAGAGGAGGUUAGCAUUUUUUGCAGGGUGGGAGGGGUGGUACGAUAUUUGUGCAUCUGUAACUUUCUCACUCAUAAUUUUUCACUAUUCAUUCAGGACUUUCCGUAAUCAUGGUAGCGUCCACAUUAAUGAAGUAGUGUUUAGAAAUGUAUUCUAUUCUUAUUUACAAUAAAAGUGACGACAAAAGUGAUGACACAUUACAUUGCUUACCAUUCAUUUCUAUUAGGCACAAAAUAAUCUGAAACACAACCAAAACAAACUGCAAAUACAUCCAACAAGUUUGUAGAGAUACAAGCUUGAUGUAGUCAUUGCAUGCUGGGAAUAUGGGACCAAAUACUAAACUUUGGACUAUUUUAAUAUAUAUGCGUGAAUUUGUCCCAAAACUUUUAGUCCCCUAAAAGGGGGGACUGGGAACAAUCGGUUGUUGUAAUUUCUAAACAGUUCACCCGAUAUGAAAGGAAAUACACCAAAAUUAAAAUUAACAGUCUGCAAUUUAACCUCACAGUAAUUGAGGUUAAAUUGCAGACUGUCAAAAUUCAAAGUGUUGAAGUACAGAGCCAAAAUAACAAAACAUGUGUAACUGUCUCAAAACUUCUGGAGGUCAUACUUUUGGCCAGGUGAAUCCAGGUGAAUGUUACGAUCCCUAAUUGAUGUCACUAUUUAAAUCCAAUUAAAUAAGUGUAGAUGAAGAGGAGAAGACAGGUUAAAGAAGGAUUUUUAAGCAUUGAGAAAAUCGAGACAUGAAUUGUGUACCAUUACCCUCUACAGGAUCGGUUGGUUUCCCUGUGGGAAGGUUGAGCUAACGUAGGCUAAUGUGAUUAGCAUGAGGUUGCAAGUAACAAGAACAUUUCCCAGGACAUAGACAUAUCUGAUAUUGAAAAAAAGAGGUGGAUCCUUAAGAGGUUUUAAGAGGGUGAAUGGGCAAGAUAAAAGAUUUAAGUGCCUUUGAACGGGGUAUGGUAGUAGGUAUCAGGUGCACCGGAUUGUGUCAAGAACUUUAAAAUGCUGCUGAGUUUUCACAUUCAAUAGUUUCCUGUGUGUAUCAAGAAUCGUCCACCACCCAAAGGACAUCCAGCCAACUCUACAAAAAUGUGGGAAGCAUAGAAGUCAGCAUCGGCCAGUAUCAUUGUGGAACACUUUCGACACCUUGUUGAGUCCAUGCCCUGACAAAUUGAGGCUGUUCUGUGGGCAAAGGGAAAGGUGUUUUGUGCAAUCAGUGUCUACAACGGUCAAUAGGCUUUACCUGUAUUUUUCCUUAUCGUAACCUUCAUUCUACAUUUUUGUAUACUUUCAAUAUUUAAUUCCCUCUGGGAGUAAGAGCUAUACAUCUUCAUUCUUAGAUCUAAGUGCAGUAUGCCAUGCUGUAAAUGUGGGUAUCAGAUUCUAUUCCCAACAACACAUUGUAUUUUCUACAUGAAAAAUCUGUCUAAACACCACACAUUAGCAAUAACGAUAUAUAUACUUUAUGUGUGUACUGUAUUUUAUCUGCACAUGAUGUAUGAUUCAUGGUUUUACAUAAUUAUUCCACUCAAAUGUGCAUGUGUUUUGAAAUGAAACUCUUGACCAAUGUAGUGCUGGCUAUUGGCAGUGUAUAUAACCCUUUUCCUGAUGGUUAUUUCUUAUGGUUUAAUGUAACAAAUCACAGCUGUUGUGUACUGUUCCAUCAAUAAUUCUGUGUGCUAACUUGCUGGUAAACCUUGUUAAUAAAGAAACUCUACGACUCUCAAUAU